AUGUCGGUGGAGUCUCUUUUUCUGGGGAGCACAAUGAAAAAGCAGCUACUAUCAGAGAUUGGUCCCCAGGAGCGGGGUCGUUGCUGCCAUUAUGCUGCUCACCUGGACUAUAGAUUGUGGGAAACGUUAUGCGGGAGAAACGUUACGUGGGAAACUUUACUCAUGUGUGGCUGUGACCCGGCACAUCCUGAUAAUUCUGUAAGCAGAGCUUACUGGACCUUUUUGGCAGGGCAACUAGAGGUGAUGAGACAUCUUGUGGGCUGGCUGUUGUUAGCUGUCUGCAUGUAUGGACUGGAUGCAGACUUGAUUCCCUAUUUACACCCCCCAGAGGAAGAAUUUCCUGCGCAAAACUGUACUUUUCCGUUCAUCUAUAAUGAGGUAGUCUACCACAGCUGCAUCUCUGUUCACAGUGACUUUGAUUGGUGCUCCCUUGAUUAUUAUUUCCAAGGAAGGUGGAGAUACUGCAAAGCAUUUGAUCCUCCAAUAUGUAUCUUCCCUUUCCAACUUGGAAAAAAGUCCAUUAACGAAUGCACCAAGCAAGGCUACAUUUUGAAUCGGAGUUGGUGUUCAUUGACUGACAACUACAACAGAGAUAGGAAAUGGAAGCAAUGCUCUCCUUACAAGUAA